ACCCCUUCCUACAUCGAAAUACUCAACGAUCCUCAGCAUAAGACCCCACCAUCGGCAAGAUACGUCCUGACUGUCCCGACCGUCCGGUCGUUUCUGACCGUUCUUCGAGGUGGUGGUGGUGGCGAUGGUGGUGGUGAUGGUGGUGGUGAUGGUGGUGGAUGCCUCUCGAAUGCUAGAAGAGUCAUGUCGUUCUAGAAGCUCACUACGUGCUCAGUACCUCAUCACCCUUCAUUCCGUUCGAACAUUCCCAUUGUCAAUCACCAUUAAAUGACGAACGACAAGUGUUAUAAUAUUGAAGUGAGCAAGAUGGAGUAAAAACAGCUAAGUUCUUGGUGUCAUCUUAAAAUUCAUCAUUGAAAUUUUCGCAAUAAUUAAUUUAAACAAAUUAUCAUGGAACUGGUUAAACCAAUGCUUAAUACUGUGAAUUAAGUAUAUAUUUGAAUAAAAUGACGUUACUGUAGUUCGAUUAAAUUUUUAUCGAUUAUUGGGAAGUCGAUAUUGGCUGAUCGACCUGUCAAGCGUAUUGGAGCUCGUGAAAUAAAGUGUGCGAGAAAGUCAACUUUCGUUGAUUUCCAGUCAAUAGUAAGGUGAGAUAUAUGCGGUGUACUCUCACCUGCGUGGACGACUUGCUAAACCGGGCCUUCCACAAAAUCGGUCUGGUAGUCGGACGACAUCCUGGAUACUUCGUGAUAGUUCCGGUACUCCUGGCCUGUAUUUGCAUCACAGGCUAUCAAAAAAUUCACUACGAGAUCGAUCCAGAAUAUUUAUUCUCGCCAAUAAAUGGUCCUGGAAAGUAUGAGCGUGCCAUAGUCGAGAAAUAUUUCAAAGUAAAUUACAGCCACCAUUUCGACGUAGGACGAAUUACCCGACCAGGACGAUUCGGACAUGUGAUAAUUAUUCCAAAAGAUGGCGACAGUAAUAUGUUACGAAAAGUUGUUUGGGACGAGCUGCAACUUCUUGACAACGUCAUUAAGAAUGCGACAGCAACUUACGAAGGAGAAUCAUUUACUUACGAGCAGGUCUGUGCUCGUUGGCAGGAUCAAUGCUUUAACAAUGACAUCUUGAGUCUACACCAUGUGAUUGCAGAGGUCGAGAGUCGCGAACUGAACUUAACCUUUCCACUGAUGCUGAACCCGGUCACUUGGGAUACACAUUUAUUCCCAGUAUAUUUCGGCGGCAGUGUCAUCACCGAAGAUAUGACAAUCGAGACCGUACCUUCCGUGCAACUAGCCUACUUUAUAGCAGCCGACAACAAACGUCAGGAUGCGAUUGGCGCAGCAUGGGAAGAAGCUUUUCUGGAUGCAGUAGGCAACGCCGAAGAUUCUGGUCUUUUCAAACAUAUCAGUACCGCGCGAUUCGCGUCUAGGACUUUGGAAUUAGAAUUGGAAGCUAAUACAAAGACCGUGGUACCAUAUUUCUCGAGUACCUUUGCAAUUAUGGGUCUUUUUUCUGUGGUCACUUGUAUGAUGGCUGACUGGGUGAGGAGUAAACCUUGGCUUGGUUUACUGGGAAAUAUUUCGGCGGCAAUGGCAACAGUUUCAGCCUUUGGGAUGUGCAUGUAUAUUGGCAUCGAUUUUAUUGGUAUCAAUUUGGCGGCACCGUUUUUAAUGAUCGGUAUCGGUAUCGAUGAUACCUUCGUAAUGCUGGCUGCUUGGCGAAGAACAAAUAUCCUGAGUCCUGUACCAGAACGCAUGGCAGCCACGUUGAGCGAAGCGGCCGUUUCAAUUACUAUCACAUCGUUAACCGACAUGAUUUCCUUCUUUAUCGGCAUCAUGUCUCCAUUUCCUUCGGUGCAGAUCUUCUGUAUUUAUUCCGGUUUUGCCGUGGUGUUCACAUUCCUCUUUCACCUGAGCUUCUUCAGCGGAUGUGUCGCAAUAAGCGGAUAUUGCGAACAGAAGAACUUACACAGUAUCGUAUGCUGCAAAGUACAGCCAGUCUCUAAAUCCACUCAUAGAUCCUGGCUUUAUCGUCUCUUAUGUACUGGCGGAGUCGAUCCAGAUGAUCCUGACAAUCCUCUGGAUAAUCCUGAGCAUGGAUGCAUGACUUGGUUCAGGGAUUAUCUUGCUGUGGCAUUGAACUAUUGGCUAGUUAAGGUCCUGGUCAUUAUUACUUUUGGACUUUAUCUUGCUGGAGCACUUUACGGCUUGACUACCCUUCAAGAAGGUCUAGACAGACGCAAGCUAUCAAAGGAAGAUUCCUAUUCAGUGACCUUUUACGAUCGUGAAGACUUCUACUUUCGAGAAUUUCCGUACAGAAUUCAAGUUGUGGUGAGCGGCGCGUACGAUUACAGCGAUCCGGAAAUCCAGAAUCAAAUGGAGAACUUAACAAGAACGCUGGAGGAAACUUCCUACAUUAGCUCACCAAUUUAUACGGAGAGUUGGAUACGAGGUUUCCUGAGUUACGUAAGACGGAAUGAAGAAGUUGUAAACGGGACCAUCGACAACGAAGAAGAUUUCGUGAAGACACUAAAAGACUUCUGGCUCUUCCCAUCGAGCACGUAUUCUUUAGACGUCAAAUUCGAUCCUACCGGGGAACACAUAAUAGCGAGUAGAUUUUUAAUCCAAGCGGUUAACAUAAGUGGAACAAAUCAUGAGAAAGAGAUGGUAAAGGAACUGCGACGUAUAUGUCACGACUCACCUCUGAACGCAAGCGUUUUUCACCCCUAUUUCGUUUUCUUUGACCAGUUCGAAUUAGUUCGGCCUACGAGUAUCCAAUGUAUGAUUUUCGGUGCUUUGAUAAUGAUGUUGAUUAGCUUCAUCUUCAUUCCAAACAUCCUUUGUUGCCUGUGGGUAGCGUUUUGCAUUGUUUCAAUAGAAUUAGGUGUAGCAGGGUACAUGGCGCUGUGGGAUGUUAAUCUUGACAGUAUAUCAAUGAUAAAUCUAAUAAUGUGCAUUGGCUUCAGCGUAGAUUUUACGGCCCACAUAUGUUAUGCUUAUAUGAGCUCCAAGAAAAAGAAACCGGAGGACCGUGUCAAAGAAUGUCUGUACAAUUUAGGCUUACCUAUAGUGCAGGGUGCAGCUUCGACGAUUCUUGGUUUAGUUGCUCUUCUAUUAGCUGGGACUUAUAUCUUCCUAGUAUUCUUUAAGAUGGUCUUCCUCGUGAUCUUCAUCGGUGCUAUGCACGGCCUCUUUCUUCUACCCGUACUGUUAUCCAUCUUUGGUCCGGGAUCCUGUUCCAAAAGCAAUGACGAAGAAGUAACACAAGAAGAGGAUACCAAAGAAUCUAAAUUACAACAGCCUUACGUGAUACCUCAUCCGACGCUCAUAUAUCAUCAGCAUCGCCUUGGAAAGUCCUUGCAAGGUAGUCCUACCACGAGUUUGGCAGCUUUUGAAGAAAGAGAUCCUGGUAUUGGCACUAGUGAAGAUAGCAAUUCUACGGAGAGCAGCUCCUCUCAAAGUCGACGAAGACAAGUUAUUGAACGCGAGGAGAUUCAACAGCAAUUUCCAAAUUGGAGACGAUCUGUUGGAAUAUUGCAAAGUUUGUCACAAUUUCAAAACAACACUGCUCCGCCACCGGAUUAUCCUGGAGCUUCAGUGGAUCAACCAAGAAACUUUGACUAUCGAGAGUACAGGAUAGAUCCUCAUAUGAAUCAAAUUCCUGGUAUUAAUAAUGAUCACAGGGAUUAUAGGCGUAGUCGGUCCCAUCAUAGUCUUCAUCCAUCUGGGAAAUAUUUACCAGAUUCACGAUAUGGCUGAGAUUAUUAAUAAUUCCAUAGAUUUUCAUUGAUUGUCAAAACCAUUUAUGCGCCUGGAACUUGACUCGCUCCAAAGAAACAGAACAAUUAGUAACUAGUAAUUUUGUUAUUGAUUAAUGAAACGUCUUCGAUCCAGGUUUUCUUAUCAUUCUGAUGAAUAUCUUACGAGUUCUGUAUUCCAUGAUUACUCAUCAGGCGUAUCCUCAUGCAUGCUACUGCAUUCAAUAAAAAUCAAAAUGAACGAUUGGCUACACUACGAUGUGUCUGCCUUGAAUGGAACUAUCUUUUUUUAUACGCAUCUUUCUAUGUAUUUAAUUGCACUGUACAGUGAAAUCGACCACGAUCAAUCAUUUAAUGAGUUUGAUUGGGAUCGAUUGCACGGGCCACUGCACGCAUAUUUUGUAUGUAACUACAUGCCGUUCAUUUUCAAUUAUUUUUUAGAUAGACUAGUAAAAUAAGGGUGUAUUUAUGAGUGAGAGUGGAUGAAAACAAGAGAACCAAACAAGUAUGAAAUAUAUUCUGAUAAUACUUUUGAAA